AAUAAUAAUAAUAAUUAGAAGCUUAGAGCAUAUCCAGUUACAAUUAAAACUGAAUUCAGAUCCAAAACAUACAUACAUAUGUAAAGAUGUAUGCUUCAUUAUAAAUUCAGUAUUUGUUAUCAGCUAAGGAGGAUACUUAUUCAUAUUGCUUGCCAGUGAAAUAUUUUAAAAAUGGUGCUUCAAGUGAAUUGUGGGAAAAAAAUCUUGCGACUUGUAUUGCAGCAUGAACACCUGUCCAAGUAUAGGAUACAACUAUUGCAUAGAAUUCAAGCACACGGAUUAACUUACCCAGCAAAAAACUUAAAUUGUCCUGCAAAAACUUUAAACAAUCCUGCAAAAGCAUUCCAAUGUAUUACAGGACUACAGUGCCACAAUACCAAAAUUAUUUGUUCAAGAAACUUUUCGACAACUACUCAAAAAUAUAACAGUGAUAACGAUGCUAAACAUGAAUUAGGAAAGGUGGAGCAGAAGCUAGCAAUUGUAUACACGUGCAAAGUGUGUCAAACAAGGUCGUCAAAAACUUUUGAUAAAUUAUCAUAUGAAAAAGGAGUUGUUAUAGUAACAUGUCCUGGUUGUAAUAGCCAUCAUUUAAUAGCAGACAACCUUGGUUGGUUCAAAGAUGUUAAAGGAAAAAACAUUGAGGACGUCCUAGCUGAAAAGGGUGAAAAGGUAGAAAGGAUAACUAAUGAUGGGACUUUGGAGGUAAAUCUGAGUAAAAACAAUGAAUAAUAUUAUACUAGUCGAAUAUAAGAUAUGAUACUCGAUAUAGAUUGCAUCGCAGGUUUAUC